CUCAAAUAUGUCACCUCAAAUAUGCUAAUAUAAUUGGCUACACUUGAUUUGUACACUAAUGCAGACUAAUGCACAACUACGUAUCUACCGUUUUACCAUUUUUUCUGUUUUUAUCUUUGAAAACCCCUACUAGUAUGUUGUAUGUUAACUGUUACGGUGGCAGCCCACUACCCGAGCGGGGAAUCACUACUCGAUCUUUUAGCCUCGCUUUAGCGCAAAUCCGACUUUUGCGAAAAGAUACGGUACUACCUGCAAAACCUCCCUAUAACGCGACCAAAAAUCCGACCUCCUCGCUGAGCCCUCGCCGAGUAUUCAGCUGGUGCACAAGUACUGUACUGGUACAGUACCGGUAGGUCAACAACUAGUGGGACAGCACAGCACAAGUAACUUAGCUCUCUCAAGGAGAGGAUACUCGCCGGAUGGACCGGAGAGUGCGGUGUGGUUUCCCUCAAACCCCAUCCAAUAACCGUGGAGCACUGAGUGAACCCCUGUCCAGAGUAUAUUACGGAACAGGACUUCACAGCCGCACCCUAAGCAGGGCUGUUUCCACCUCGUGCAUAGGUCAGCUCCUGUCCCCAAGCCCGUAUCCUUCAACAAGCAACUGGCCGCCUAAAUUUCCAACACUCCCGCUCUCACCAGAGCUUCUCCCUGCCAAAAGAUACCAUGUACGACCCGGUUCCGUACCGAGACACUGACGAAACUGCUCCGCACUCUAAAGAUGACGCCUCCGAUUCCAACCGCUCCUCUAUGGACUCCACUUCAACAACAUCCCUUAUCCUAGAGAGACUCCACCGUGAAGAUCCUGAUGAGAGCCCUGACGAAGACGAACCUUCUGCGCGAAGCCAGAGGGAAAAGCUCGAUGCAGAUGACGACCUCGAAAUUGGCCGUGCUGCUCGUCUCAAGCCCAUGGAAAGGAAGGUUAGGAGGGCUAUGUACCUUCUCGCUCUUCUCAUGGUGGGUGGGUGGCUUUUGGCACUCGCAGUUUAUGUUUCUCGGGAGCACUUUGGAACCCCAGAUGCUGCUCACGAUCCCUCAGCCACUUCCACUCAGAAGGCGGGCAAAAAGAUUACGCUUAACCAGAUUAUGCAGGGCGCAUGGAGGAGUAGAACUCAUGGGAUUCAGUGGAUCGAUGGACCUUACGGAGACCAAGACGGCUUGCUGCUUAGCCAGAACUCCUUCGGCAGUGGCAACUUUCUCGAGGUCCAGGAUGUCAGAAACAGCUCCAAUACCAUCGUGCUUAUAAAGGACGGGACUUUUCAAGGUAAUGGAAAACCCGUCAGUGCCGUUAAAGGUUGGCCAAGUUCGAAUUUGAAGAGGGUCCUUGUUGCCUCGGAUUAUGAAAAGGUUAGCUUUUCUGCCGUCCAUGAUUAUCUCUCUCCUCUUUGCUUUGCAUUUUUAUCCCUGUUUUUAUCAUUAACAUUGUUCGUUUUUAGAAGUGGCGACAUUCGUACAACGCACGAUAUUGGAUCAAUGACGUUGAAAAAGCUACCACCGAACCCCUUGUUCCUUCUGAACCCGAAGCGAAGCUGUCACUGGCAACUUGGUCCCCCAAGGGCGAUGCGAUCGCAUUUGUGAAGGACAACAAUGUGUUUAUCCGCCAAUUCGGCCUGGACCUGACUUCACAAUAUCACUCUGUUACCCAGAUUACUAGAGAUGGAGGCACCAACCUCUUCUACGGAAUUCCCGAUUGGGUCUACGAAGAGGAAGUGUUUUCCGGAAAUAGCGCCCUUUGGUGGAGUCAAGAUGGGGAAUUCUUGACUUUCUUACGUACCAACGAAACUCAAGUCCCGGAAUAUCCCAUCCAGUACUUCCUUUCCCGUCCAUCAGGCAAUGAUCCCCCAGAUGGAUUGGAAAACUACCCUGAACUCGAAUUUAUCAAGUAUCCUAAGGCUGGAGCCCCGAACCCGGUCGUCCACUUGCGAUUCUACGACGUGAAGAAGAAAGAGAACUUUGCAAUAUCGGUCGAGAACGAUUUUCCCGAUGACGAUCGGUUGAUUACGGAGGUUGUUUGGUCGGAUGGAACCUUUCUCCUUGUGAGAGAAACAAAUAGAGAGAGUGAUGUCUUACGCAUGGUCUUAAUCGAUGUUAGUACACGAAGCGGGAAGGUUGUUAGAGAGGUGGAUAUUUCUGCCAUCGAUGGGGGUUGGUUUGAAGUGUCAAAGAAUACCCGAUAUAUUCCCGCGGACCCUGCAAAUGGGAGGCCUCACGAGGGGUAUAUCGAUACUAUCAUUCACGAUGGAUAUGACCACCUUGGCUAUUUCACUCCUUUGGACAAUAAGGAUCCUAUACUACUAACCAAGGGACAAUGGGAGGUGGUUGAUGCUCCAUCCGCCGUGGAUCUCAAGAGUAAUAUCGUUUACCUUGUUGCUACUACAGAGGCUCCUAUCGAGCGCCACGUUUACUGUGUCAAACUUGAUGGAUCCGAUUUCCGUCCUGUGACUAACACGUCUGAAGAUGGCCAUUACAAGGUCUCAUUCUCUAAAUUGUCAGGCUAUGCGUUACUGACGUAUGAGGGUCCCGGGAUACCAUGGCAAAAGGUUGUUGGCACACCGAGUGGUGAUCAGUCAUUUGUCAAAGAUGUCGAGGAAAACCAAGAUCUUGCAACCCUGGCCGCCAAACACGAGCUUCCCACUUUCCAUUACUCCACUGUCACCAUUGACGGUUUCGAGCUCCAAGUGGUGGAGAGACGGCCUCCCCACUUUAACGAAAAACGAAGGUACCCUGUGCUGUUUCAGGUCUACGGCGGACCCGGAAGUCAACAGGUAUCCAAAUCCUUUAGCAUUGAUUUCCAAGCAUAUAUUGCCGCCAGCCUCGAGUACAUCGUUGUUACCAUCGAUGGGCGGGGAACCGGGUUCAUAGGGCGUAAAGCACGGGUUGCUGUCCGUGGCAAUCUCGGAUACUGGGAAGCCCACGACCAAAUUGAGACCGCAAAGAUCUGGGGCAAGAAGGGCUAUGUCGAUGAAAAACGAAUUGCGAUCUGGGGAUGGAGUUACGGCGGGUUCAUGACCUUAAAGACUCUCGAGCUGGACGCUGGCAAGACAUUCUCUUACGGCAUGGCUGUUGCACCUGUCACAGAUUGGAGGUUUUAUGGUACCUCUCCUGCUCCCCCUCCUCCCUCUGCCGUCGAUUUGAGUGCUUAUUCAGUCUACAGAUUCCAUCUAUACAGAAAGAUACAUGCACACACCCCAACAUAACCAAGAAGGCUACCGUAACGCAACUAUUUCCGACGUUCAAGCGCUUAGUAAGAGCGUGAGGUUCCUCGUUAUGCACGGGGUAGCAGACGACAAUGUGCACAUGCAGAAUUCUCUUGCACUACUCGAUAAACUUGAUCUAGCGAGUGUAGAAAAUUAUGAUGUCCAUGUAUUCCCGGACUCGGAUCACUCGAUAUUCUUCCGUAUGCUCCUCACUGACCGUUUUUACCCCUCAUCUCAUCUCGCCCCAUAAAUGCUUGAAUAUGCGUUAAUAACUAGGUAGAUAAUGCGAACCGAAUGGUCUAUGAUCGUGGGCCUCCCAUUCCUCUACCCCUUCCCAUUCAGUCGCUAUUGAAACAAAAUACUAACAACAGCCAGGUCUCGAGCAAUGGCUCAUACGCGCCUUCAAUGGUGAGUUCUUAAAACUGGACGGACUAAAACCUAUUAGGGAAACAUCGGAGCCUCUGCGUAAAAGGAGAGAGUUCAUGUGAUUUUAGGUCUCAUUGUUCAUUGAAUAAGCUUUUGUGUGUGUAGGUGUUUAGUUUGGCUCCACCUUGUGCCAAGUUAUCGUGGUUGUGUACUAGUAGUUCUGAUACAACAGGCGUCCGGAUUUCUUUUAUGGCUGUUUCUUAAAAUCAGAUACCCUUCUUCGGGAUUCGCCGCAAGGUGUGCAACACCGAUGUUGCGUUUCUAGUGAGUUAGGGUCUCGUUCCGGCCCCCACCCCCGUCAAUUCGCUGUCUAAAGUAUUAUUCGUACAAAGCUCUGUUUCGCACGCCAUUGAAUAAACGGUAAAAGUCUUCAAUGCCACAACCCUGGCAUGAAGAUAUCUACAAUACGACAAUACCUGAGACUAGUUUGGUCUCUAAUUUUUACACCCCGCCCUACAACUGUUUACAUGAGUACACACACCCCUAAACACAGGCCAUCCAUCCAUGGGCAGUUUGAAACCUUUCAGACAUAGAUUCCCCAUGUCAAAUCUCGCUUGGACACUUGGUAGCUAAACUUUUUACUGACAGACCAGUCACACAAAACCCCUGCAACUCCACUGAAGGAAGAGAAACAUUGCUCCAAGGCCAGAGCUGGAUGGAGAUCAGAUAAGGCUGCUACUAUAGGAUCAGGUGAGCGAGACAUCCAUAAAAAUUCAGGAAGGAAAGAAAGUGAUUAGUUGUGUCAUGGUGAAAAAUUUUCAUCUACAAUACUGGUACUAGCCUAACAUGUUGUGGCAUUGUGGAUAUUUUCGUGCUGGGAUUGUGGCAUUGUAGAUAUUUUCAGGUUGGGGUUGUGGCAUUGAAGACUUUUACCGUUGAAUAAAAGGGUUUCGGGGCCGUUCUUCCCUUACAUGAUUGCGUC